UUUCGGCGGUGUUGUGUUUACAUCAACAGCUCCUCGUUUACAUACCGCGUGCAGCAGGUAACGAUACAGCUCUCAGAGAAACCAAAAUAACUGAAGACGGUACCGUUUUUGGAUGAAGUGACCAUGAAGCAGGACAGUGAUGCUGUGAACGUCCCUGCGUGCUUCAUAUCAAACCAUGAAGGCUUUCUCGGAAGCAUCAAAAACUUUAUCAAAGACUUUGUGGUGACUGAGAUAGACAUAACUGGGCAGCGUGUUAACACAGCCACACACACACCGGACAGUGCUUCCUCAGAUGAAAACAAUGAAACCGGUUCAGAAUGUAAGUGGAAUAAUCACUCCUCACAGGACAAUGAUGUCGCGGCUGAUUGUGGGCUGGAUGUCACCAUUCCUAGCCCGGGGAGUUUUGAUUUAAGUGUGAUUUUAGGCCAGUCAGUGAGUGAGGAGCUGGAGCAGUUUGUGUUGACUCUCAAAGAAAAGCCAACCAAGCAGGAGCUGUCCCUGGGAUCGUUCACCGACAAACACCACAGAGCUAACGUCCACCGGGCCGUCCGACACCGCUUCCCCUUCCUCAUGACCGUCACCAUUCAGCCGGAGAUCAGGGUGAGGGAAGACCCGGACUACAGAGAGCUGUCCCAGCUGGUCACCGAGGACGAGGCGGAGGACUUCUUCAGGUUCAUAGACGCCAAAGUGCGAGGCUCGUCUUAUACGUUUGGACCCGAUGACGAUAAGGAUCACAGGACGGUGGUGCACCACUUCCUGAGCCGGAGGUUUGGCAAGCUGGUGGAGACCAAAAGUUUCACCGACCAGGGGACGACGGCCAUCUCGGUGAGGCUGAGAGAGCAAGGGCGGCCGAAGAAGAGGAGCGCAGAGGAGCGUAAAGAAGAAGAGGUCUACACUGCGUUCACUCUGCGUAAGGAGAACCUGGAGACUCUGGAGGCCAUAAGCUACAUGGCAGCGUCUCUCGGGGUCCUUCCGUCAGAUUUCACCUACGCCGGGAUCAAGGACAAGAGAGCCAUCACCUUCCAGUCCAUGGUGGUCAAGAAGGUCUCAACUCAGAGGCUGAAGGAGAAGACGGCAGAGUUUGAGAGGAGAGGGAUGUGUGUGGGUCAGAUCCGCUCCGUCAGCGAGCCGCUCAGACUGGGGCGGCUGCAGGGGAACCACUUUGACCUGGUGGUGCGCGACCUGAGGCCACACAAAGCCAGUGACACACACUCCUCCGCUGCAGACACACACACUCGUCUGGCAGCGCUGGUUCAGGAAGCAGUGGAGAAUGUCAAGGCCAGAGGAUUUGUCAACUACUACGGCCCGCAGAGGUUUGGGAGCGUGAAGAGCGUCCAGUCUGACCGGGUAGGGCUGGCUCUACUCAAAGAAGACAUGGUGAGCGCUGUGCGUCUCUUCUUCACCCCAGAGGAGCUUAGUGAUCCUGUGAACAACGCUAAGAGACACUUCAUCCAAACAGAUAACGCUAAGGAGUCCUUGGCGCUGAUGCCGUUGUCCAAGGCCAGGGAGCGGCUGAUGCUCCGGGCCAUGAACCGCUACGGUACCGGUCCGGAUGGUUGUACCCAAGGCUGGCUGAGCCUGCCCCACAGCAUGAGGGUGUUCUACCCACACGCCUACUGCAGCAGAGUGUGGAACGAGGCGGUGGCACACAGGCUGAGCACUCUGGGCCACAGAGCCCGGAGAGGAGACCUGGUGUGGCUGCAGGAAGACUCUGCAGAGAGCAGCUUGCCUCAGAUCCAUGUGGUGACGGACCAAGAGGAGCAAGACGAAGUGUACACACUGGGACAUGUGUUGAUGCCGAUGCCUGGAAACACAGUGAAGUAUCCAGAAAACGCCAUGGGGACCUGGUAUCAGGAGAGACUGUCCAGAGACGGACUGGACGGCUGUCGCUUCAGAGUCAGCAACCUCAAACUAAAUCUGCCCGGCUGCUACCGCCCCCUGCUGGCCUCACCGCGCAACUUCACCUACCAGCUGCAGAGAGCGGCCUGCGGGGAGGCGGGAGGAGACGAGACAGGAAACAGCAGCAGAAACAGUGACCGGCAGCUCAACGGCACUACGGCAGAAGGAAAGCUCACCCUCACUUUAAACUUCGACCUGGACUCCUCCUGCUACGCCACCAUCUGCCUCAGAGAGAUCAUGAAGUGUGACCCCUAGGGGUCCGUUGUAUUUCUACACAUUUGCAGACGUUUUUUUUGUUGAAUUUUUUGUAAACCCUCAUUGUGAUACGUUACUAGUAGCCUUAUUUCUUCGUCGUUGAGGUAACACAUAAGAGUGUUUAUAAAAAGAAAAAAAUGCAUAAUGUGCAAUUGAUAAACCACAUGAACAAAUAUAAGUGUAAAACCGUGUUAACCGUAUUUGUGUUUUGUGCCAUGAA